AUGCUCCGGCAGUCUCCGGCACGCGUUGUUGCCUUUCGAUUGCUUCCGCUUCUCCACUCUCGUCGAUUCUCCGAAGCCUCUAGAACCUUGCGCCGCGAGCUUCGAGUAGGACACAAGCGGAUUCCACCCGAAUUGAUCGAGCGGGUCUCCCGUUUGCUCGUGCUCGGAAGGUACGAUGCUUUACAUUAUCUCUCAAUCGAUUUCUCCGACGAACUUCUCAACUCCCUUCUCCGCAAACUGAGGCUAAACCCAGAGGCGUGUAUCGAGAUUUUCAAUUUGGCUUCGAAACAGCAGAAGUUCCGGCCUGAUUUCAAGGCGUAUUGUAAAAUGGCUCACAUUUUGUCCAGAGCUCGAAUGUACGAUGAGACGAGAUCGUAUCUGCGUGAGCUCGUUGCUCUCAAUCACUCGUGCUUCGUCGUCUGGGACGAGCUCGUUCGGGUCUUCAAGAAAUUCUCAUUCUCUCCUACAGUCUUCGACAUGAUACUGAAAGUUUAUGCAGAGAAGGGGUUGAUCAAGAACGCUUUAAAUGUUUUUGACAACAUGGGGAGCUGUGGAAGAGUGCCUAGUUUGCUGUCUUGUAACAGCCUGUUGAGCAAUUUGGUUAAGAAAGGUGAAAACUUUGUGGCUUUACAUGUUUAUGAUCAGAUGAUUAGCUUUGGGGUUUCUCCGGAUGUGUUUACUUGCAGUAUUGUUGUGAAUGCUUACUGCAGAAACGGGGAAGUUGAUAAAGCCAUGGAAUUUGCAAAAGAAAUGGAGAUGUCAUCUGGUUUGGAGCUGAAUGUGGUAACUUACAAUAGCUUGAUCAACGGGUAUGCUAUGAUCGGAGAUAUUGAGGGAGUGAGAAGAGUGUUCCUGUUGAUGUGUGAGAGAGGUGUUUUGAGGAAUGUUGUUACGUAUACUUUGUUGAUUAAGGGGUAUUGUAAAAAGGGGUUGAUGGAAGAAGCGGAACAGGUGUUUGAACAGCUUAAGGAAGAGAGACUUGUUGCGGAUCAGCAUGUGUAUGGUGUGUUGAUUGAUGGAUACUGUCGCAAUGGUAAGAUCAGUGAUGCUAUUAGGGUUCAUGAUGAUAUGAUGGGGAAGGGAGUGAGAACAAAUACAACCAUUUGCAACUCUUUGAUCAAUGGUUAUUGCAAAUCCGGUCAGUUGGUAAAGGCAGAGCAAAUAUUUACACGGAUGAAUGAUUGGAGCUUGAAACCGGAUCAUCAUACUUACAAUACACUUGUGGACGGAUAUUGCAGGGCCGGUCGCAUUAAGGAUGCUUUGAAUCUUUGUGAUCGAAUGUGUGCAAAGGAGGAAGUUGUACCAACAACUAUGACUUACAAUAUUCUUCUCAAAGGUUUUAGUCGUGUUGGUGCUUUUCAUGAUGUGAUAAGCCUUUGGAAGAUGAUGGUAAAGAGAGGCGUGACGGCCAAUGAGAUCAGCUGUAGCACUCUGCUCGAAGCAUUGUUCAAGCUUGGCGAUUUUAAUGAAGCUAUGAAGCUAUGGCACAAUGUCUUAGCAAGAGGUCUAUUGACAGAUACAACAACGUUAAACGUAAUGAUCAGUGGGCUAUGUAGAAUGGAGAAGGUUAAUGAAGCCAGAGAGGUUCUUGAUAAUGUGAAAGAUUUCAGAUGUAAGCCAGACGUGCAAACAUAUCAAGCGUUGAGCCAUGGUUAUUACAAAGUUGGGAACUUGAAAGAAGCUUUUGGGGUUAAAGACUUGAUGGAGAGGAAAGGAAUCUUCCCCACCAUAGAGAUGUAUAACACUCUAAUAUCUGGUGCUUACAAUGUUAGAGACUUCAGUAAAGUGGCGGAUCUUGUAAUCGAGCUACGGUCAAGAGGAUUAACUCCUACUGUUGCUACAUAUGGAGCUCUUAUCACAGGCUGGUGCAAUGUUGGAAUGAUGGAUAGAGCUUACGCUACUUGUUUUGAGAUGAUAGAGAAAGGGAUUGCAGUGAAUGUGAAUAUUUGCAGCAAGAUUGCAAACAGUUUGUUCCGGCUUGGUAAGAUCGAUGAGGCUUGUUUGCUGUUGCAGAAGAUUGUGGAUUUUGACCUUCUUCUUCCCGGUUACCGAAGCUUUAAAGACUUUCUUAGUCCUGAUGCUACUAAGUGCCUUCAAACGCAAAGAAUCGCUGAUUCUCUCGAGAGUAGUACUACUCCAAAGAAGCUUUUAGUUCCGAAUAACAUUGUGUACAAUGUUGCUCUCGCAGGUCUCUGUAAAGCUGAGAAACUCAAGGAUGCUCAAAAGCUCUUUUCGGAUUUACAGUCACGUGAUGAGUUUACUCCAGACGUAUACACAUACACAAUCCUAAUCCAUGGAUGUGCCAUCGCUGGUGAUAUAAAUGAAGCCUUUAACCUGAGAGAUGAGAUGUCUCUUAAAGGUAUUAUCCCAAACAUUGUUACGUACAAUGGUUUGAUAAAAGGCUUGUGCAAGUUUGGGAAUCUUGAUCGUGCUCAGAGGCUUUUACGUAAGCUUCCACAGAAGGGUAUAGCUCCUAAUGCUAUUACCUAUAAGACAAUGAUCGAUGGGCUGAUUAAAAAUGGUGAUGUUGCUGAAGCUGUGCGUUUGAAAGACAAAAUGGUUGAGGCAGGUUUGGUUAGAGGAAGCUAUAAACAAGGUGAUGUUGGAAACUCGAACGAGGUUUUGGAUCAGGUGAUCAAAUCAGAUGAGAUUUGUGAUGUUGGUAUAGUUUAUGAAGCAGUAGUAUGA